AUGGAGAAACAACACGCGGAAAUUCGGGAUCCUUGUCUCAGUCCGCAUGAUUCUUUACCCAUUGGCUCAAGUAGCUCACAGAGCAUUGCUUCGGCAGGGAAAUCAAGAAGCUACCGUUUUCAGAGUCAUUUGCUUGACGGCGAGUAUGAGAGACCCUGGAUCAAUGACUCGAAACUCCGCCGGACUCUCUUGGGGAACUACAUCAUUUGGGGAUUUGUCGGGUUAUCGCUCCUUCUCAGUGCCUAUUAUAAUUAUGCAGAGACAAAAAAAGUCCCGAAAUACCAAUACUGUCUGCUUCUUGACGACCAGUUCAGUGCGGUGGACACCAGCGUGUGGAAUUACGAGGUUCAGCUCAAUGGCUUCGGGACCGGUGAAUUUGACUGGACUACGACAGCGAACAGCAAUGCUUUCGUAGAUGCAGAGGGCCUACACAUCAUACCAACCUUGACAGAUGAGACUACCCCAAUCACCAACGCCGAGAUCUUUAAUGGAUACACAUUAAACCUGACCAAGGCCGGUGGUGAUGGAACAUGCACAGGCACAACAAGCGCAGAAUGCUCUAUCCGCUCGAACCAGACGCAGAAUUUAGUGAUACCUCCAGUUCAAUCAGCACGCCUCAAUACCAAGGGCAAGAAAAGCAUUCGCUACGGUCGUGUUGAAGUCGUUGCAAAGCUACCCCGAGGAGAUUGGCUCUGGCCGGCGAUUUGGAUGAUGCCAGUUACUGACACUUACGGGCCAUGGCCUGCAAGCGGCGAGAUUGAUAUCAUGGAGAGCCGAGGCAACGGGAUCAGCUAUCCUAAAGGAGGCAGAAACGUCAUGUCGAGCACUCUACACUGGGGACCGACAUCAAUCCUUGACGCUUUUUGGCGAACCACGGGCGGCAGACCGAUGCAGAGAGGCGACUAUAGCGACGCAUUCCAUACCUUCGGCCUGGUGUGGAGCGAGAAUCAGAUUUACACCUAUGUUGACAAUCCACUUUCCCAAGUGAUGGUGGUUGACUUUCCCAAAUCCAGUACCAUGUGGCAGAGAGGUCAUUUCAGUGGUGACACGGUAAACUCAACCAUUUUGCUUGAUCCAUGGGCGCAGUCCGGGAGGCCGAAUGCUCCGUUCGAUCAGCCUUUCUACUUAAUUCUUAAUGUCGCCGUCGGUGGCACGAAUGGGUACUUCGAAGAUACAGUCGGAGACAAACCAUGGAGCGAUGCAGGUCCUGCUGCGUCCGAGUUCUAUAAAAGUGUCGACAAAUGGUUACCUACCUGGCCCUCAGGCAGCGAGAUUGCGCAGCGGGGGAUGACAAUCAAGUCUGUCAAAAUGUGGCAGCAAGGACCCUGUAGCUAA